UGCGUUGGUUAGAUUAGCGGUCCGAUGCGAGCGGUGUGGGAGUGAGAGCUACGCAGCUUCGGUUGGGGAUUUUUUUUUUUUUGUUCCCUCUUGGUCUUUUUUUUUUCCAGGUUUUAUUUGCGGUAGCGAUGGAAAAAUAAGCGAAAGACUCCUUUUCUUGCUGAGGUUUACAUCGAUUUCAUAUAAGCCUGGGCAGUUGCAGCUUGUGUGGAAACCAGGCUAUGCAGUGAAACCAUCUGCUGGGCAGCCCAACUCUGUCAGGAGACUUGUUUGGUGUUUCUCAGCUUGAAGAAGAUCUACGAUCAUUAUUGAUCCCUUUCUUGGCGUUAACAUUAUUGAAGUGACGUUUACCUAGCUUUCUAGAGUGAGCUUUCUUUUCAGACAUCUCUAAAGUUUGAUUCAUAGUAAACAAGCUAUAGAUCAGCAAUGUCCAAGUCAUUCCACCAGGCAUCUCUAAAUAGGGAUUCCCAAGGUCAUGGACGUGACCUCUCUGCAGGAAUAGGCCUUCUUGCUGCUGCUACCCAAUCUUUAAAUGUGCCAGCAUCUCUUGGAAGGAUGAACCAGGGUACUGCCCGCCUUGCUAGCUUAAUGAAUCUUGGAAUGAGUUCUUCAUUGAAUCAACAAGGAUCUCAUAGUGCACUGUCUUCUGCUGGUGCAUCUUCCCAUGCCUUACAGUCUAUAUUUAACAUUGGAAAUAGAGGCCCACUCUCUCUGUCUUCUCAGCACCGUGGAGAUGCAGAGCAGGCCACUAAUAUUCUGGCCAGCCUUGGUCUGUCUGCUAGAGACUUAGAUGAACUGAGUCGUUAUCCUGAGGACAAGAUCACUCCUGAAAACUUGCCUCAAAUACUUCUGCAACUUAAAAGAAGGAGAGCUGAAGAAGGUCCUUCACUGAGUUAUGGUAGAGAUGGCAGAUCAGCUGCACGGGAGCCGCCAUACAGAGUUCCUAGGGAUGAUUGGGAAGAGAAAAGGCAUUUUAGAAGAGAUAGCUUUGACGAUGGUGGUUCUAGUCUCAACCGUGUGGUUGAUUAUGAUCAUGGAAGUCGUUCUCAAGAAUCUGUUUAUUAUGACAGAAUGGAUUAUGAAGAUGACAGAUUAAGAGAUGGAGAAAGGUGUAGGGAGGACUCUUAUUAUGGCGAAACUUCGCAUAAAUAUCGUAAAUUUGACAGUGAGUAUGACAGACUGAGUCGUGUCCCUGAGAGAUCUCUCUUUGAGAAAAAAAGAGGUGCUCCACCAGAUAGCAAUAUUGAAGACUUCCAUGGACUCUUACCGAAGGGCUAUCCCCAUCUGUGCUCUAUCUGUGAUAUGCCUGUUCAUUCUAAUAAGGAGUGGAAUCAACAUAUCAAUGGAGCAAGUCACAGUCGACGUUGUCAACUUCUCCUUGAAAUAUACCCUGAAUGGAACCCUGAUAACGACACUGCACAUGGAUUGGGUGAUCCAUUUAUGUUGCAAUCAACAAAUCCAGCCCCAGGAAUUUUGGGGCCACCUCCACCCCCAUUUCAUCUGGGAGGACCACCUGUUGGGUCAAGAGCUGGGAAUGGAAACAUGCAAGGACCUAGACAUAUGCAGAAAGGCAGAGUGGAGACAAGUAGAGUCGUGCAUAUCAUGGACUUUCAGAGAGGGAAAAACCUGAGAUAUCAGCUACUACAGCUUGUUAAACCUUUUGGAAUCAUCACAAAUCAUCUCAUACUGAACAAAAUUAAUGAGGCAUUUAUUGAAAUGGCUACCACUGAAGAUGCACAAGCUGCAGUGGAAUAUUAUUCAACAGCACCAGCCCUGGUUUUUGGCAAACCUGUAAGAGUCCACUUAUCACAAAAAUAUAAAAGAAUAAAGGAACCAGAAGCAAAACCUGAUCAGAAAUUUGAGCCUGCAAAGCAACAGCUUGGUCGUGUGAUCCAUCUUAGUAAUUUGCCACAUUCGGGCUAUUCUGACAAUGCUGUACUUAAAUUAGCCGAGCCCUAUGGAAAAAUAAAGAAUUAUAUAUUGAUGAGAAUGAAGAGUCAGGCUUUUAUAGAAAUGGAGACCAGAGAAGAUGCUGUGGCUAUGAUGGAACACUGCUCCAACAAAGCCCUUUGGUUCCAGGGCAGAUGUGUGAAAGUCGAUUUAUCUGAAAAAUACAAGAGAUUAAUAUUACGAAUUCCUAACAAAGGAAUGGAUUUGUUGAAGAAAGAUAAACCAAGAAAAAGAGGAAUCUCUCCAGAUAGCAAAGACUCUGGAAGUGAAAAGAAAUGUAAGACUGAUGAUAGCGAGAAAGGUGAAAGCAACAGUACUGAAGGCAAAGACGAGGAGAGAGACGAAUCAGAGAGGUUAGAUGCAAAAGAAGGUGGACAAGGAGAUCAAGAAGAAUCCAAUUUACUCCUUGAAUCGGAAGAUGAAUUGCUGGUGGAUGAUGAGGAAGCAACAGCAUUACUGGAGAGUGGCAGCUCAGCAGCAGAUGAGACCGAUGUUGCUAACUUGGCUGAUACAACUGCUGAAGAAAAGGAGGCAGCCGAAGAUGCUGAUGCUGCCGCCAAACCUGAAGAGAAUACCGCGGCUACUUCAACUGCGAAAAAACUCAAAAAGCGACAUGUAGGUAAUUUUCCAAGAAGUAUGAAAGGCUUUGUCACUCUUGAUGAAGUCGGUGAUGAGGAAGAUGCAGAACACCAGAAACAGUACAAAGCCGGCCUAAUGAAAGUGGUUGUAAAAACUGAGGACGAUUCAGCUGAAACAAAAACAGAAGAAAUGGAACAGGAAGAUGAGACAUUUGAAAAUGGCACUAAAACAGAGAACUUAAAGUUGGAAUCAUCUGAGGGGGCAUCCAGCACAAUGACAGAUGAAAAAGAUAACACUACCAUGCAAGAAAGUAAAACUAUUCAUGAUGAAUAUAGAAUUGGGCCAUAUCAGCCAAAUAUUCCAGUUGGUGUGAACUAUGUUGUCCCCAGAACUGGAUUUUACUGCAAAUUGUGUUCCUUGUUCUAUACUAACGAAGAUUCUGCGAAAAAAGUUCACUGCAGCAGCCUUGCACAUUAUCAGAAAUUGAAGAAACAUAUGGAGAAAAUGGCUGAAGAUCUGAAACCAAAAAAAGAGGCUUAAAUGAAAGGGGAAAGGCAUGCCAAUUUAAGGAAAAAUGUUUUAUUUUUGUUGCUAAUCUCAAUACAGUAAAAUUGGGAAUGCUAUACUGCAUAGAUCUUAGUGAAAUAGAAGUUUAAUUCUGUAAUGUGUUUAAUGUUAUGGCAAAAUAUACACUGUCAGAUCUUUGUUCAAAAAUGGGAUGACAUUCGGCAUUUCUGUGCAGAUUUAAUCUUGAGGUACUGACAGCUGUUUUAGCAUUUGAAGACCACAGAAAAUGUCAUCCCCAUUAAUCUUUUCAAAAUUUACAUUCAGUUAAAUAUAAACAGUUACUAUUUUUACCCGCAACAUUCCACAUUCUAAUAUAAGUCCGACUGAUAUUAUUGUUCAAGGGACUUGCAUUAUUUCAUUUCACUUUUGAGAGUGUUUAUCAAAAUCUGUGUGGUUUUCUUUUUUAAAAAAAAAAAGUGGAAAUGCUUUUUGUUGGUAUAUUAGGUAGUGAAUAGGAAAAGUGAUAGCCAGCUUUAAUAAAUCUUGUGUUUUCUCUGAGUCCUUGUUUUUCUGUCCUAUUUUAAUAGGAACCCAACUCUUGCUCUUCCGACCAGUAUUAUUUUUCCUGGGCUCUUGCUUGCAAUUGAAUUUAGUACUUUUUCAUACAUCUCCAGUAUAAGCAAAAGCAACAUUUGAACCAUACAUUGUAAAUAGUUUUCUUUUUUAUGUUUGUACUUCAGCUCUAAUCCUAGACCAAUUACUAACAUACAAUUGGACUUGCUUCAAAGUAUCCUGCCUAGAAUUGGAGCAUACAUCUUGAGAUUGGUUUCAUCCUAGGACUGUGCUUUUGAUGUACCUUCACAUAGCUAAUAUGAGUAGCGGUUUGUGCGUAAAAUCUGUUUUAUAUUGUUAUUAACAGCUUACAUAUAUGUGAAUUCAAGUUAUUAUAGUGUCAAACCAAUAAACCAAACCAAUCGAGUAAA